GGCAGAGGGAGAAGCAGGCUCCCCACUGAGCAGGGAGCCCGAUGCAGGACUCGAUCCUAGGACCCCGAGAUCAUAACCCGAGCCGAAGGCAGACGCUCAACUGAUGGAGCCACGCAGGUGCCCCACCUGGAUCCAUGUUAAUAAAUUAGAUGUUUAACGUGUUUUCUGCCUACCUUGUGAUGACGUUCUGCUUGCCUCCACUGCAAAGCCUCUUCUGAAGAGCUGAAAGCUGCCUACCGGAGGCUGUGUAUGCUUUACCAUCCCGACAAGCACCGAGACCCAGAGCUCAAAUCACAAGCAGAACGACUGUUUAACCUUGUUCACCAGGCUUAUGAAGUGCUCAGCGACCCCCAGACCAGGGCCAUCUAUGAUAUAUAUGGGAAGAGAGGACUGGAAAUGGAAGGAUGGGAGGUGGUGGAAAGAAGGAGAACGCCGGCUGAAAUCAGGGAGGAGUUUGAGCGGCUGCAGAGAGAGAGGGAGGAGAGGCGGCUGCAGCAGCGCACCAACCCCAAGGGGACCAUCAGUGUUGGCAUCGAUGCCACUGACCUUUUCGAUCGCUAUGAGGAGGAGUACGAAGAUGUGUCUGGAAGUGGCUUUCCACAGAUUGAAAUUAACAAGAUGCACAUAUCCCAGUCUAUUGAGGCACCCUUGACAGCUACAGACACAGCCAUCCUCUCUGGAAGCCUCUCAACCCAGAAUGGGAACGGAGGGGGUUCCAUUAACUUCGCGCUUAGACGAGUCACUUCCGCAAAGGGAUGGGGAGAGUUAGAAUUUGGAGCCGGGGAUCUGCAGGGACCUUUAUUUGGUCUGAAGCUGUUCCGUAAUCUCACCCCAAGAUGCUUUGUGACGACAAACUGUGCUCUGCAGUUCUCAUCCCGUGGAAUCCGGCCUGGCCUCACCACUGUGCUAGCCCGGAACCUGGACAGGAACACGGUGGGCUACCUGCAGUGGCGGUGGGGUAUCCAGUCGGCCAUGAACACGAGCAUCGUCCGGGACACCAAAACCAGCCACUUCACUGUGGCCCUGCAGCUUGGAAUCCCUCACUCCUUUGCACUGAUCAGCUAUCAGCACAAAUUCCAGGAUGAUGACCAGACACGCGUGAAAGGAUCGCUGAAGGCGGGCUUCUUCGGGACGGUGGUGGAGUACGGAGCCGAGCGCAAGAUCUCCAGGCACAGCGUCCUAGGCGCCGCCGUCAGCGUUGGAGUCCCUCAGGGCGUUUCUCUCAAAGUCAAGCUGAACAGGGCCAGUCAGACUUACUUCUUCCCUGUUCACUUGACGGACCAGCUUCUUCCCAGCGCCGUGUUCUAUGCCACCGUGGGGCCGCUCGUGGUCUACUUUGCUCUUCACCGUCUGGUCAUCAAACCGUACCUCAGGGCUCAGAAAGAGAAGGAGUUGGAAAAGCAAAGGGAAAGCACAGCCACUGACAUUCUGCAGAAGAAACAAGAGGCAGAAGCCGCUGUUCGGUUGAUGCAGGAAUCUGUCCGAAGAAUAAUUGAGGCGGAAGAGUCCAGAAUGGGGCUUAUCAUCGUCAACGCCUGGUACGGGAAGUUCGUCAACGACAAGAGCAAGAAGAGCGAGAAGGUGAAGGUGAUUGACGUGACCGUGCCCCUGCAGUGCCUGGUGAAGGACUCGAAGCUCAUCCUCACAGAGGCCUCCAAGGCGGGGCUACCUGGGUUCUAUGACCCGUGCGUAGGUGAGGAGAAGAACCUGAAAGUGCUCUACCAGUUCCGCGGCGUCCUGCACCAGGUGAUGGCACUGGACAACGAGGCGCUUAGGAUACCAAAGCAGUCUCACAGGAUCGAUACAGAUGGAUAAACUGCUUGAGAAACCAGAUUUACAAGAGGCUGCAAAAAAUCCUUUCCUAGGAGUCUACAAAUUCAGAAGCAGG